AUGGCAGCUGAUGAGAAGCUGUUUAAAGACCUUGGCAAAACUUUUGCUUCAAAAAUCAGGAUUGGAGAUGGGAACCUAAUUGAAGCCAAAGGAAAAGGCAAUGUGAUGAUCAACACUUGUUCAGGUAACAAGGUCUCUGAUGUGUUUUUUGUGCCUGACAUAGACCAGAACCUGCUUAGUGUUGGUCAGUUAGUGGAAAAAGGAUACACUUUGGUAUUUAGAAAUGGUUCUUGCAUUGUUGAAGACUCACUUGGUCAUGAGUUAGUUACAGUAGCUAUGAUUGAUAGAUGCUUCAUGCUUGAUGUGAGUCAAAUUGAGAUAAAAGCUUACACCAGUCUUGCUGAUAGCAUUGGUCUUUGGCAUAGGAGACUAGGACAUGCCAACUUCAGAUCACUUGAUCGGUUGCACAGGCUGAACUUGGUUGAUGACAUGUCUAAGCUUGAAGUCAGUGAUACUGUUUGUGAAAAGUUAGAAGUGUUUGAAGCUUUUGGAAAAUUCAAAGCUUUAGUUGAGAAUCAAGCAGGCUGCAGGAUUAAGGCUUUGAGGACAGAUAAUGACACUGAAUACUUGUCUGAAAGAUUUUAG